UUCUAAUUCCUAUCUAUCCAUGAUGAUAGCUCAACCAUUUAGCACUAUGAGAGAAAGGGCAUCUAAAACCGUGUUUUCUAAUUGUGACGCUGAGGAGCUCUUUACAUAUUCCGCUCAGAGAUGGCUGUGGGAUGAGCCGGCUCAGCUACAACGCAGAUAUGUCCGGUUCAAUCUGGACGCCCUGGUCGAGAUUGCCGAGAAAGCUGCAGGAGAUGAUGCCGUCUGCGUGCAGGUAUCAAAGCUGCCAGAAGGAAAUUUCAACAAGACUUUUCUGGCAAAAAUGCAAGACGGGAAACAGCUAGUUGUCAAGAUCCCGAAUCCAAAUGCAGGGCCUGGUCAUUACACUACAGCCUCUGAAGUAGCCAGCAUGGAAUAUGUCCGAAAACUCGGUAUCCCUGUCCCCAAAGUACUGGGAUAUUGCUCCCGGCCCAGCGAGAGCAAGCUUGGAGCAGAAUAUAUUGUGAUGGAGAAAGCCCCCGGAGUGGAACUGGGCCGACGAUGGGACCAGCUCAAGGCGCGAGACAAGCUGUCCAUUGUGAAACAACUCGCCGGUAUCACUUGCACUCUCGCUCAAUCACGAUUCCCAUGCUAUGGAUCCCUGUACAAAAGGCGGGACGUGGCUCCAUCAGAGAGCAUACCUGUUGACGAUGAGUUUGCCAUUGGACCCACGGUUGGACGGGCAUGGUUUGAUGAUAGAAGAGGAGAGGUUGAUGUUCCGCGGGGGCCUUGGCCCUCUGCAGACAGCGUUAUAAAAGCCCUGGUUCAGCGAGAAACAAAAUGUCUGGAAACGUUCCCAACUUUUCCGCGAGAUCGCCAGCAAGGGAUAUUCAGUGGACCUGGUGGCUACCAUCCAAGCAAGGAAGCGAAACUAUCCGUGCUGCAGGACUUGAUCAAGGUAUCGCCGUAUCUGAUCCCGCGUGGCGAGGCGCUCUCUGCUGGUAUGAUUUGGCAUAACGAUCUGCACACGGAGAAUAUCUUCAUAGACAAUGUGGACUGCCGGAUCACCAGCAUCAUAGACUGGCAGGGGGUGCCUAUCUACCCGAUGUUCCUCGCCACACAUCACCCAUCGCUGAUCGACUAUGAAGGCCCAAAGCCGGAGGGCUUCGUUUCCCCUACGCUUCCUGACAACCUGGACACGCUUGACCCAGAAGCAAAAAAGGCGGCCAAGGAGCUAUUCCUCUGCCAGUCACUGUGGCUGUCAUAUGAAAUAGAAGUGCAGAGAGCUGUGCCGAAUCUGCUGCACACCUUCCGGCACCGGGAUACAUUACCAGGUCAGAUCCUGGGGAUUACCGGGUCCAUUUACGACGAUGGAGAAGCAUACGUACAACGCCUUCUUACAGAGGUCACCAAAGCCGACGUUUGGAAACAAAUAGUUGGAGAAGACAACAUCCCAUGCCCGUUGCAUUAUUCCAAGCAGGACAUGGCAAAACAACAGUCAGAGUAUGCCAAGUGGGAACGGGACGUUGAAUACAAGGCUCGCGUGCUGGAUGCGCUGGGGGUCUACACGGGGUGGAACGGAGCUGUAUCUCCUAAGGAUUAUGACCAGAUGGCCCAAAGGCUCGCAGUAGUAAAGGAGCAGUUCCUGGCCCGAGAGUCUGCCAAUGACCAAGAGAGAGCGUUAUGGGAGGAGGUUUGGCCAUUUAGAAGUUGAGUGGUUGGCCGAUGGACUCAGCUUUAUAGACACGAAGUACAUGUAGAAGAUUUCUAGGGGGUAUUGAGAGGCAGAAUCAAUGCGAUAACAGUAACUAGAUACAGAAAAUUUUUGAUCCCUG